GCAGCGCCGGUGGCCGCGCUCCUCUUCCGCCUCCGCGGAGCCCAGGGCCCUGGCUCCGCCUCUGCGCGCUGACCGACUUCCCCGUCCGGCGGCGCCGGGAUCGGAGCAAAGACCAAUAACAAGCUCCUGCUUUUCCAGGGAGUGCUGCGCAUCUGUCAGAAGAGAUGCACUAACACCGUGACUGAAGAGAAGCAGCCAUCUACUAUUCCCCAGCUGAGGCCAGGACUGAUUCUCUGCUGGUGCUGCCCCAAACACUGCUUUCAAGUGAAGAGCCGCUUUCUGUCAACACAUCAUUUUGGGUUUUGGCUGAAGAAAAAGAAAUCACAAAAAGAUGGACUGGAAUGUAAGACCACCCCAGAACGCUGAUGCAAAGAAGAACCUGCAAAGCGAAGGAGCAUGUUACACUCAGUUGUUUUCUAAUGCACAUGCUUAUCCUCAGACAAAUGCCUGUUUAUCUAAAAAUGCAUGCACUUAUGCUGGAAAUAACCAAAGGGUGUAUCUGCCAACUAGUAAUGUUACCUUCCCUCCUGUGAAUGCUGAAGGAUUCAGAACUUCAGAUCAGGCUUUACCAAGAGUAUCUGUAGCUGAUAAUGAUUUUUUAAAAUCUAAAUACGCAGUGGAUCGAAGCUCACUGUCCUGUGUACCAAUUGCUCCAAAACCAUCUAAUGGGUGGGCAGAGAUGUCUCAGGCAUCUCAGACUUCUUGGCCAAACUCUAAUGCCUACAUUUAUUCACAUAGAAAGGUACCUCCCCUGUCUUCUCAAAUUAACACUGGAAAUAACAUGAGGAAUGUACUUCGAGAACCUCAGUAUGUCAUCACAAACAGUUACUCUGUACCACAGCAUAGUUCUAUGACAACUACAAUAUUAGGUCAAAGUAACAUUAAUUCCCCAAAUAAUUCUGUGCCUCUUGGUAUAUCUGGGCAACAUGUUCAAACCCAAAUAUAUAAUCCCAACACUCAGUUUAAAGUUUUACACUCAGUGAAUCAAAACACUGAAGUAAAUGUACCACUGCUACAAUAUCUACCAAGUCAGAUGGCAUCAGAAGCUUCUAGCAGAUGUUCUGCACCAUCUUUUUUACCUGCCAACUGUGAUUCAAGAGCUGCAGUACAACCUUCAAUAGGUGUACCACAGGCGGGUCAGAAUGUGCCCAAUGGAUACACCGUUAGCCAACAGAGGUGCCCACCAGACCUAACAAAUGCGUCUGGUUUUAACAGUGUUCAGCAAAACUGUCAGAAACAGCAAUUUGGAGAAGUCAGUCAGUCAUUUAUGCAUGUCUCUAAUUCAAGUGGAAAUGUGACAGCACAUCACCCUUUUAAUGAAAUAUCUGUGCCAUCUCCUAGCAUUUCCAAAGAACUGUAUGAUACAGUGCAAGAACUUCCUUCAGUGGCUGCUUCAAAGCCACUGAGUGAUCCUGCUCAAGUUCAAGAAACUCAGACUAGUAAUUCAAUGAAUGGACCUGUUAAUUCUCAAAUUUCUUCAGUAGCAGCAGGUGGAAAAACACUUACAAGGCACAAACUAGCCUGGGAAGCUCAAAGGCUACUUGAUAUUAAAAAAAAAUUUGCCCUGCUUGAAAAGAUGCAUCGCUAUAAAAGAAGACUCUUAGCAGCUUCAGAACAUGACAAAAGCAUUCUGCCACUUCCUUCAAGUUACAAAGAUACUCCUGAUAAUCGUCUUCCACAGGUACCUAACCAAAAUGUACCAUCUUCCCCAUCUGAAACAGCAAGGACAGAGAGUCUAGUACUUAACUCUUCGGCUGAAGAAAGAAACGGCAAAUACGUAGCCAGUGCUGAAAACAGCGGGUUAAUGGUGACUCAGACUAACCUUCAAGUGGAGCACACAAGCCUUUCAUCAAGCUGUGCUUCUGUUCCUUCCCAGAGCAAACUCCCAGCUCAUUUCAAUAAUCCUGAGAGCACUUCUAUCUCAGAACAAAGGGUUCCAUAUGCUUUGGCUUCCUCUCAGAAAAAGGUGACAUCCUUGAACAGUGCUUCAUGUUUUAGUCAAGCAGAUAGCUCUAUCAAAAUUGCAUCAAAAAGUGUGCCAGCUAGCCCCAAGAACUCCUCAUUUUUUCAGUUUGUAUUGAGCAGCACAAAUGUAUUGAAAGAGAAGACAGCUGGUGCUACUGCCGAUAAAAUAUUGACUGAUCUCCUGUGCAGUGAAAAAUCAGUGGUAGAUACAUCUGUCUCAGGUGGAAGCUUAGUGGAAGGCACUAGUGAGAAGAACGUAGAAAGUUUGAAGGGUGAGCAGGCAUUUACGGUUCACACAAACUCUUCUGUAUCAGAAAAAAGGGAAUCUGGUGAAGGUAAGCUCCAGAGUGAUGUAGCUCAGAGGAAGACCCCAUUCACUGAAAAUACAUCUUUUAAUCAGAGCAAUUAUAGUUACUCUGUGGAAGAGCUAACUGCAUGUCUAAGCUUGUGGAGAAAGCAUCUGUCAGAACCUGCAAGUGUGCAGAACAACCAGUCAAGUGAAAGUCUCACAGCAAAUCAGAUUUCAUCUUACAGCCAAAACAACACAAAAACCAGAGGACAAAGUAAUAUUCUGGUUAGUACAGCUGAAGCAGUUUUGCCUAUAACAACAGCUUCUGUAGGACAAAAUAUUGAUACAUUGAGUUGCAAUUCAAUAAAAAGUUUUGAACUCCAAGUUGCAGUUGUCUCUCCUUUAGUACUUUCUGAGCAGAGAACACAGAGUGAUCAGGCAGACAAACGUCCAACAUCUGCAGGUAAAACCUAUCCAGUGAUCGCCCCAGGAAGUACAUGUAGUUUGCAAAAGGAGGGGAAAAAUAGUAUAAGUGUGGCAAAUACCAAUGAAGAAACAGCAGAAACUGUUCAGUUGUCACCCAGGGACUGUGUUCUGGUACAGAAAGCGGACUCACAUUUGCAACAGACCAAACCAGCUGAUGAUAACAGAAUAGUAAAAAACAGUGUGAGUGCAAAUAAUGCAUAUGAUGAAAAACAAACGAAAGUUAAUCAGUCUGCACAAGAUGCCAGAGAAACUCUGCAGCUUGAAUUACGAAACAAGCCUUCUCUUCCUGAAUUGGAGACAAAUGUUUCUAGUCAAAUCUUUCAAGAAGGUAGAGGAGAUGGUAAAGACAAGGAAGCUGUGUUAGAAGAACAGACAUUUUGUAUUUCUAGCGUCUGUUCUCUUGUUGAAGGUGAUACGUUUUAUAAUCCACAGAUAGCAAGUAUCUUCAGGUCAAUUCCUGAGGCACAUGCAUUGAAUGGUGCCUCAUCAGAAGGAAAUGCAUCUAACUCAAGGCAAAAGGAGCAACAGCUGGACUUGCAUCAAAAUGAGCUGAGCAGUAAGACUCCCCAAAGAGAGAGCUUGCUGCAAAAGAUGUUGGAAGAAUCACCAAGUAGCAUGAGUAAAGUAAGUAAGAUUUUGGAUGGAGUCCCAACUGAUCAUUUGGAGAAAGAAUGCAGCAGCAACCCUCAUAAAACAAUUUCUACCUCAGAACAAAAAAUGUCGUUCAAUGCCUCUUUUAAGCAUCCUGAAAAUGACUUUGAAAUUCUUGCUAGCAUAAACCAGGAGUUAGCUAAAAAUUCACUAGAUUUCUCAGUCAGCAUAACUGCUGAAACAAAUGCAUCUACUAUUCCAAGAGUUAACAGUAAACAAAAUUACAUGUCCAGUAAAAAUUGCACUGAAAAAGACAGGAACCUUUUUGGAGCAGAACCCAUUAACUGUCUAAACAAUCAGCUCUCUGAACUAAUGAAAGAAUUUCCAUAUGGCAUUGUAGGUGCUGAUAUGCUAACAAAAGAACUACUACAAAAAGAUGCUCUGGCUGAGCAAACAGAGAAUCAACCUCAAAAAGAGAAUCCAACUUGUGACAAGAGUUCUCCUUUGAAGGACCCAGUAGCUCAGAUAAAAAUUGCAGUGUUAAGCUCUGAUCAGAUGAAAGAAGUGUUUCCUGAACACAACCAGUGUUCCUCUAAUGACAGCAAGAGCCUAGAGUGUCAACAGUCAGUAGAGUCUUCAGCAGAGAUGGAGAACCUUGAAGGCAGUAUUCAACCGACUCAGAGUCCAUGUGAGAAGGAAGAAACAACACAAAAAACCUCCAACCCCAGAAAUAAUAAGGAUUGUUCUUUAAUGGAUUUGCUGUCUGAAGCAUGUAAAACGCCACAGAGCCCCUCUACAUUUGCAACAUCUGUUUCAGAGAAAAAUUCUGAUCAGCUUUCCAAAGCUGAAAAUACUAGCACUGCAGAGAGACAAGAAAACAGCAGUAAAUCUGAUGCUGUAAUGAAAAACAACUGUGCAGUGGGAAACCUGGCAAUUCCUGAAAAAAUCCCAGACAGUGUCAGUGAAAAUAAAAAAGUUAUUUGCAAAUACACCUCUGUAGCAAACAAAAAACCUAAGCUAAAGGUGAAUAAUGAACCAGUUACAACACAACAGGAAAAAAGUAAACCACUGAAUUUCUCUGGAAACCAUGAUGUUGAUAAAUCUAAAAGGAGCAGCUGGAAGGAGGAGAUGCAGAUCAAUGGUGGAGCCCCACUGUUAGGCAAAGAAUUUCAUUCUGACAAAAAAGAACAUCAGGCAGUAUCAGAAGAGUUGUCAGAGAAAGCUGGUUGUACAGAUGCAGACAAGAUGACAAAGGCAUCCAAAAAGAAAAAGAGAGUUUUCAAAAUGGAAUCCCUUUCAAAAGAUAAAACCAAAACAGGUUUGACCAUGAAAUCCAAAACAGACAUUCGCAAAUUUAUGAAGUCAGAAACUGUUGAAAUUAAGCACACUGAUGUCAAUCAAGGACAAAAAAUUAAAACCUGUGAAGAGAACUCAGCUGAAGAACAGAACUGCAGGAAACAAAAGGAGUUACUUGGGCAAGAGGUAGGAAUUAAAAUCAAAGAGAAAGCCAAAUUGUCAGCAGAAAUAAAACAUAAAAAGCUGAAUAGUUAUCAUGCUGAUGCUAUAAAAUUUCCAAAUGUUGGCACUGUAGACUUAAAGGCCAGAAAACACAAAUGUUCCCAGCAUAAAUCUAUGAAAGUUCAUUCUUCACAGGAGCAGUCACACAUGCGGAAGAGGAAGGAAAAUAUGAUCAGCAAGAGAGACCCUAAGAAAACAAAGGUGGAAGAGGAAAGACCAAAACAAUCUGAAGAAAACAAUUCCAAGCAGCUUUCACAUAAUUGCUUGUUAAAUACUGACAAAGCUAAAAAACUGAAUGGAGAAAAUGGCUGGAAACCGAAGAGUUCCUUAGCAGAUCGCUCUGUGCUUAAACUACAGAGAAAAAGAGCUCGAUCUUCUACCAUGUCUAAAACCUACUUUUCUAACAAAGAGAGACGUCUUGAUGGUCAAAACAAAGACAAAUGCUCUGAGAAAACAUUUCCUGAUAAAAACCUGCUAUACUUAAAUAGAAGACAUAACAGAUUAAAAUUACACCUUCAAAAGGAGCCAAAAAAACACUAUUUGAACAGAGUUGCAUUUAAACGUAUGGCACAGGAACGUAUAUAUCUGACAAAAUUGGAGACAUCACCUGUCCGGUCCACCUGGCAUAUGAAGCCCAAAGUGUCACAAAACAGCCCAGGUGCAAAACGAGAUGCAUCUGUCUCAGAAGCUGAAAAAUCAUGCAAACCAGAAGUACUUGAAUUUAAGCUGUGUCCGGAGAUACUGUUCAGAAAUCCAACCACUGAUAAAGAAAGCUUAGCUGCAAAGGAUUCCCUGGAAAGAGAGAAAGCCACUGUGGCAGGUGUAAAGAGUAAAAAAGAAGAUUGGUUAAAGUAUGAUCCAGUGAAGCAAAAAAAGCUGGAUGGAAUCUCUACAGCUGAGGACAGUAUUCCACUUGAUACAGCUAUACAGAUCCUGGAUGGAGAUGGUGAGGCACUUCACAUUCCAAUCAAAGACUCAAAAGAGAUGUUUCAGACCUACAGGAAAAUGUACCUGGAAAAAAAGAUGCAAAAGCCUUGAUAGCACUCCUGUAUCAUAGAUUCUAUUCAGUAUCACUGGGAAAAAAAAAAACAACAACACUAAAAUGCUUGUUCCUGUUUACUUAAUUUUUCUUUAUUUCUGAAUAGCUGUAAAAAAAUAAAAUAUUUUUUUAUGUUGGCAACUUUUGUCCCAUUUGCCUCAUAUUUGUGAAUUAUUGAAAUCUUACUCUCUAUAUAUUGCACAAAUAAGCUCUGGUGCUGAAAAUGCCAUUGUCAAAUAUAUUGUUUCUUUUUGGCAUGUUUGAAUUUCAUUAUACUUUUUAAGAUAGAGUACUUAGUAGAAUCGUGACCAAAAAAACCUCCCAACUCAUUUAAAUUGUCUUAGUCUGUUUUGUUUUCUGAGUCCAGAAAACAUCUACUUGUGUUACUUUCCAUUGCUGGCAGUGGAAAAAUAUUCUGACUGGAAAGGAAUUGCAGUGUGAUCCCAAGCAUUUAUUUUCUACAUAUGCUAGUCUGCUUGUUGUGCUUCUAACAAGUCUUUCUAUUUUUGUGGAAAAAAAUAUUUUAUUUUUUAACUGGGAAUACAAAUAUAAAACCCUCAAACAUACAGAUCAGGGGAUACCAUGAAGUGUUUAUGCUGCUACCCAGUUUUCUUACGUUUCUUACGUUUCUUUUUGUAGAACUUGUACAAAUUGAAUUCUGAGUUCUUCAUCUGGAGACAAUGCUGUAAACUCAUAGCUGACUGAAGACUUCUCUUGUUUUGCUCUCUUUCUGCUUUCUUUACACUUGAAAGAAGAAUGAGAUUGUUGAAGUGCAGGGAGUUUGAAUUCACUCUUGUCUGGACUAUGUUGCUCACUUUAACCAGACUAAUUACUUUCUUCAUAUAUGAAGUUGUAGAUAAUCUUUGACUACAUGUUCACUGUGACAUAAGCGUUCUGUUUGUUGCUGGUUAUGUUUUGUUUAAGUGCCUUUUCAUUGUUGUUCAGAAUUUUUAACUGAAUCGUAUUUUUUAAAGAAGAGUUGAUACUUAAUUCUUUCUAUCUGUUUAAACCUUAAUACUGAAAGUAAAAACUGUAGAUAUUUCACUGAAUGCUUUUUGUACUUGAAAUAAACUUUGGAAGGCUA